AACGAUACCCGACUUCCGGUUAACUCUGUUUACAUUUUUAGUUUGACACGUGUUUUGCAAAAAUGUUAGUUUUCGUAGGUCUUGGUUUAGGAGAUGCCAAAGACAUAACAGUAAAGGGUUUAGAAGUGGUGAAGAAAUGUAAAAGAGUGUAUCUAGAGGCCUACACGUCGAUUUUGACCGUAGGGAAGGAUGCCUUGGAAGAGUUUUAUGGAAGAGAAAUAAUUCUAGCUGAUCGUGAUAUGGUUGAAACAAAUUCAGAUGAAAUAUUAAGUGGAGCUGAAGAGGAAGAUGUUGCUUUUCUUGUUGUUGGUGAUCCAUUUGGGGCAACCACUCACACAGAUUUAGUUCUCAGAGCAAAGGAGAAGGGUUUGGAUUACAGAGUUGUACACAAUGCUUCCAUAAUGAAUGCCUGUGGUUGUUGCGGCUUGCAGCUGUACAACUUUGGAGAGACAGUUUCCAUAGUGUUUUGGACAGAUACAUGGAAGCCUGACAGUUACUAUGAUAAAAUCAAGUCUAAUAGAGAUAGAAACAUGCAUACUUUAUGUUUAUUAGAUAUCAAAAUGAAAGAACAAACCAUUGAAAAUUUAAUGAAAGGAAGGAAGAUAUUUGAACCUCCCAGAUUUAUGACAGUGAAACAGGCCUCAGAACAGUUGCUGGAAAUAGUCGAAAAUAAACGACAAGAAGGAGACAACUCACUAGCAUUUACUGAAGACACAGUUUGUGUAGGAUUGUCUCGCGUUGGGUCCGAUGCUCAGAGAAUAGUUAGUGCCACCUUACAGGAAAUGACCCAGAUUGAUCUAGGGGAACCCCUGCACUCAUUGAUUAUCCCUGGAGAAAUGCAUUCAUUAGAGAGAGACAUGCUUUUACAGUUUGCAAUUAGUGAUAAAACAAAAAACAUUUUGUCAUCCAUAUGCAUUUGAGACAGUUUCACUCAAAUAAAAGUAUUUAUUAUAUCAUUUUUUAUUGAUAAAUGUUAUUUAAUUAAUUACAGCUAUCAUACUUCUUUAAGAUACCCAAAAUGCUUUUUAUUAGCUUUUGGCUAUUAAUAUUCUUGUGCAAAACUUUGCAACUCCAUGAAGUCUUUUAAUGGAAAAAAGAAGAAAAUUGACUUAAACAUUGAGUUUUAUUGUGUUGUGUAUUCAGAUGCAUUAAAUUACAUUGUAUCAAUAUAAUUAUCAUUCUUUACUCUGGCUUUACUAGUAUCCAUCGUUUCUUGGACAGAUACUUUGAAGCCUGACAGUUACUAGUAGCAGAGAAAGAAACAUUCAUACUUUAUGUUAAUUAGGUAAAUUACUGUCACCAUAAUAAUGAAUUAAAAAUUAUACAGAAAUUUGUUUAAA